AUGGCGUACAAGAGCCUCACGACAGUCGCACCCUUUUACGCGCUAAAGCCCCAAUUCUGCAUUUGGGACAAAGUCUACGUCAAGUGUUCGCCACUGGAUCUCCCGCCCAACUCUAUCUCCAUGCGAUCGUGGCUCGUGACGCCCGUGCUCUCGGGCCGCAAUCGCGAGCCGGCACGCAAAACAUUUCUUGCGACUAUAAGCUUCCAGAAAUCGGAAAAUGAUAUGACCAAGGAGUACCGUCCGUUUGCCACGAGCCAGGAGCAGGCCGAGUCGGGCGUCGGGACCUACCUCGGGACGUACAUUUGCUUUGCCCACGAGGGCAAGUGGGCCUACGGUCUCGUAGUCGACUGCGUCUGGUCGACUUUGAGUGGCUACAACCUUUUGGCCAAGACGUGUCGCGGCAAUUGCUAUGUCCCAGUCAGUGAUGCUACCUUGUGCGCGCUGACAGCCGCGGGCUACGCGCUGCGUCCGUUUGACGACCUUCUCGUCUCGUCGCAUUCCGUGGCCGAUGUCAAGACAGCGACGGAGGCGGUCGCACUCCACUUUCUAACCCGAGACCGUCAUGCGCCGCUCGACUUUUCGCAGCUGGAGUUGCCUUGCGCCCCAACGACUCCGCCCUCGGGUAGCACGCUUCUUCCUUGCGUGCUUCGUUUCGGGCUCGGCGAGAUGGCUGUGGACCGCGUACUGGACCAAGUGCACGCUUACUACACCCAAUACAAGAAGCACAUCAAUGUACUUGCAGGGGGCAAUUACAACUCGGACAACAUGCCAACCAACCUGCCAUCGAUGGCCUCUGUCGUGCCAUACUACGAAGGCACCGUUUUGGCCAACGUCGACGCUCCCGACCUUUGCGCGAUCCAAGCUGGCGCCACCGCCGACACGAGUGCGCUCCAUCGCCUCUUUGAUGGGUUUGGCGACUGUCCCUUGCUCGUCUACGUGCGCAAGGAGAUGCGAAUGGUGUGGGAUCUCUUGCUGGCCAACGUUUUGUCCACAAAGGCGUCGACGAGCCUCGAGGCCGCCGCCCUGCGCGCUGUUCAAAGCCAUGUCAUCACGCUCCACAGCCCGUGGCGCCUGCCAAACGCCGCGAUCGUGCGUCGUGCAGUGCUAGUAGGCUCGCCAGGUGUCGGCAAGUCGGUGCUCCUCGUCCUCUUUUGCGCUUACCUUGCGGUCCACCACGACUACUACGUCUUUCUCUCGCGCGCAAUUCCCGGUGAACCCUCCUCUCCCGACGCCAUCGUUUGCUUCCGCGGCCGCCACGUCACCAAGCAAACCGACCACUUGCGCCAAGAAAUACUUGCGGUCUUUGACGCGUUCAAGCGCGAGGCCGUCGCUCGAGGCAAGCAGCUUUUCGUUGUCGGCGACGGGUACAGCCAAGUCGACAUUGACACGGUGGCGCCAUUGGCGAGCAUCUUUGGGCCUAGCGACCUGCUCUCGGCCGCUUCGUACAAGACGCACGACACGCGAUUGGUCGUGACAGUGCCGGCGUGGACCAAGGAGACCCUCGAAAAGGUGGCCUCCGAAAACGACCUCUGUCAACGGACGCUGGACGAGCGCCACGCAGUGUCUGGUGGCGAUGUGCGCACGUUUAUCGCGGCACCCAAUGUCGCGCCACCAAGCGCAACGCUCGAGGCGAUCGAAGGCCUCGUACGUGGCAGCGCGCUAGCCAUGUCUGUGGAUGCGCUGCAGCACGUGUACAUUGCCGACACGGCUAUCUACAAGCACUAUGUGGACGCGAUCUACCGCCGGACGAUCGCCGACACGACGUUUGUCCAGCAGUGUUUGGUCGCCGAGGCGUCGAUGCCGACAUUUGCGUCGGUGGUGCAGUGGGCCGAACGAUCGGAGCACGUCGAGCUCUGCACAUCGCUUCAAUCUGCGUUUGUGCAUGCGCUGGCGCGCAAUCGCAAGCUCCAGCUUUGCAUCGAACACAAGACGUCGGUGAAGCGCUUUGCUGUGGACGCCGAGUGGUUGAUCGUGGCGGCACCGGUCUCGGAGCCGGACGGUCUGGCAUAUCUCAGUGGUGACUUGAGCGACAAGACGUACUGGUACCCCGGGCACGCGGUGUGCCCCGGCGUCGAUGCAAUCCUUGUCCACAGUGGGUGGGUGUACUACCUCCCGACGAGAACAACGAGUCGUCCGAUUCCGGCCUUCGAGUCGUUUGCACUGGCGAGCGUCCAAGCAGCCAUCACGUCCAACACGACGCUGGCCACGUACGAGCACGCUGAUGUGCUGCUCUUGCAGUCGCCAGCCAAGUGGUCGGGUCAGCUUGAAGGCAAGGUCGUUGCGACCCUGGGGGCUAAAACAUCGGGACGACGCGUCGCGAAUCGGGGACAUGCGUGUACCCUUCACUAAACCUAACAAGAUUGCAAUUUGAGC